CUCUGCCUUCUCUUCCUCUCUAGGCUCUAGCACACGCACAUGAUGAACUCGAGGGUGGCGAUGGCUGCGUGGUGGGUUUGUGGACUCCUCCCGCUCCUGGCGGAUGCGGCCAAGGGGAACUCGGAGCCGCUGAUCCGGCUGCCGACGGAGAAUGGGCAUGCCCCUGCCCCUGCGCCUGGCCCUGCCGCGUCGGCGGCGGGUGAAGAGGUGACGAAGUGGGCCGUGCUCGUUGCCGGCUCCUCCGGCUACGAGAACUACCGGCACCAGGCCGAUGUGUGCCACGCGUACCAGAUCCUGAAGAAGGGGGGGCUAAAGGAUGAGAACAUUGUGGUGUUUAUGUACGAUGACAUCGCCAACAGCCCCGACAACCCAAGGCGUGGAACCGUCAUCAACCAUCCCAAAGGCAAAGAUGUUUACCAUGGUGUUCCCAAGGACUACACUGGUGACCAGGUCACUGCUAAGAACUUUUAUGCGGUUCUCCUGGGGAACAAAACCGCGGUUACCGGAGGGAGUAGGAAGGUGAUAAACAGCAAACCAGAGGAUCACAUCUUCAUCUUCUACUCGGAUCAUGGGUCUCCUGGUUCACUUGGUAUGCCCAACGGGCCAGAUGUUUAUGCUGACGACUUCAUCAAAGUGUUACGGCAAAAGCAUGCUUCCAAAAGCUAUUCGAAAAUGGUCAUAUAUGUUGAAGCGUGUGAAAGUGGCAGCAUCUUUGAGGGUUUGAUGCCACAAGAUCAGAAUAUUUAUGUUACAGCGGCAUCAAAUGCGGUAGAAAGUAGCUGGGCAGCAUACUGCCCUGAUGAUGGAACGCCACCUCCUCCUGAAUAUUUUACCUGUUUAGGUGACUUAUACAGUGUUUCUUGGAUGGAAGACAGUGAAACUCAAAAUCUAAAGAACGAAACCAUCAAGCAGCAGUACGAGGUGGUUAAAGCGAGAACGGCACCCCGAAAUGAGUCCAUUAGAGGUUCUCAUGUCAUGGAGUAUGGCGACAAGACUUUCAAGGAGGACAUGCUUUUCCUCUACCAAGGUUUCGAUCCGGCGAAGUCAAGCAUCAGAAACAGGCCGCUGCCUAUGCCCAGCCUCAAGGGUGCAAUCAAGCAAAGAGAUGCCGAUAUUCUCUUCAUGUGGAAGAAGUAUGAGAAGUUGAAUGGGGGAUCAGAAGAGAAGCAGAGGGCCCUCAGGGAGGUCAAAGAAACCGUGCUGCACAGGAAGCAUCUGGACAGCAGUAUCGAUUUCAUCGGGAAGCUUGUCUUUGGGUUCGACAAGGGGCCUUUGGUGCUCGAGGCUGCUAGAGGCUCUGGCCAGCCAUUGGUCGACGAUUGGGAUUGUCUGAAGACGAUGGUGCAAGUGUUCGAGUCCCAGUGCGGAUCACUCACUCAGUACGGCAUGAAACACACGAGGGCGUUCGCAAACAUGUGCAACAAUGGCGUCUCCGAGGCCGAGAUGAAGGAGGCGAGCAUCAGCGCUUGCGACGGCUACGACAUGGGGAGGUGGAGCCCGUUGGUUCGAGGCUACAGCGCCUGAUCCGCUUGCAGUGCAGUACUACUACAUGGCAGCAGCAGCAGCCAGAGCUCCGGAGGUUCCUAGCUAGACCUCGUAUGGUGUACAUACACACAUUGGUAUACCGUAUACAUACAAGAAAGAAGAAACCGCCCAACAAUGGCGCCCCUGUGGUAUUGGGUUAAUCAGUAGUGUAUGGUCGUGCCUUUGUAAAUCGAAUUUGACUGCAAUCAAUUGAAAGGCAAUUAUUACUAUGUAGCAAAA